AUGGCUUCUCACAAACAGCAUUCGUUGCUUUAUGAGAAACCGCCUUAUCAAUGGGCUUCUCUUCUCCUACCAUUGCUCCUCCUCACUAUACCCGUAACGCUCUCCCUCCCCACCAACGCUGCUGCCUGUAUUGAUGCCUGCACGCUCAACAACUUGUCCGCCUUCCCUCCCCCUUCCCUUGUCAUUUCCAAAUCUCCCGCACGCUCCACCGCACCCCAUGUUUCCCCUGCUCUGCCGCUCCGUGCCGCCUCUUUCCCCCCCCCCUCGUCCUGUUUCCCCCCAUCCCCCGCAGCUUCCCCCUCCCAUGCCUCCGCGAUCUACAUCGUCCGCCUUCGCUCUGCGCCGCCCAUUGCGUCGUAUCGCGGGGGAUUUGCCGGCUACCCGGCAACGGCCGCCUGGGACAGCGACCCUAACGCCAACGCGGCAGGCGCCGCUUCAGACGAUGAGGCCAGCGAUGGCGUUGGCGCGGCUUCUGUUGCAAGCAACGGUGGCGUUGGCACUGCGUCUGUCACUCCUGCUGCUGCUUCUGCUGCUGCUGCUGCCACUGCUGCUGCCACCAGCGGUUCAGGGGGCACAAACCGUUCGCUGCGAAGGCCGCGGUUGAACUUGAGGGCGCCGGGCGUGAGGGCGUUCAAGCAGCUGCUGCAGCGCAUGCAGCAGGCCGUGCUGAGAGACAGCGGGCGUGGUGCUGCAGCAGCGCAUGCAAAGGGCGGUAAUGCAGCAGCGCAUGCAAAGGGCGGUAAUGCAGCUGCGCAUGCAAAGGGCGGUAAUGCAGCAGCGCAUGCAAAGGGCGGUAAUGCAGCAGCGCAUGCAAAGGGCGGUAAUGCAGCAGCGCAUGCAAAGGGCGGUAAUGCAGCAGCGCAUGCAAAGGGCGGUAAUGCAGCAGCGCAUGCAAAGGGCGGUAAUGCAGCAGCGCAUGCAAAGGGCGGUAAUGCAGCUGCGCAUGCAAAGGGCGGUAAUGCAGCUGCGCAUGCAAAGGGCGGUAAUGCAGCUGCGCAUGCAAAGGGCGGUAAUGCAGCAGCGCAUGCAAAGGGCGGUAAUGCAGCAGCGCAUGCAAAGGGCGGUAAUGCAGCAGCGCAUGCAAAGGGCGGUAAUGCAGCAGCGCAUGCAAAGGGCGGUAAUGCAGCUGCGCAUGCAAAGGGCGGUAAUGCAGCUGCGCAUGCAAAGGGCGGUAAUGCAGCAGCGCAUGCAAAGGGCGGUAAUGCAGCUGCGCAUGCAAAGGGCGGUAAUGCAGCUGCGCAUGCAAAGGGCGGUAAUGCAGCUGCGCAUGCAAAGGGCGGUAAUGCAGCAGCGCAUGCAAAGGGCGGUAAUGCAGCAGCGCAUGCAAAGGGCGGUAAUGCAGCAGCGCAUGCAAAGGGCGGUAAUGCAGCAGCGCAUGCAAAGGGCGGUAAUGCAGCAGCGCAUGCAAAGGGCGGUAAUGCAGCAGCGCAUGCAAAGGGCGGUAAUGCAGCAGCGCAUGCAAAGGGCGGUAAUGCAGCAGCGCAUGCAAAGGGCGGUAAUGCAGCAGCGCAUGCAAAGGGCGGUAAUGCAGCAGCGCAUGCAAAGGGCGGUAAUGCAGCAGCGCAUGCAAAGGGCGGUAAUGCAGCAGCGCAUGCAAAGGGCGGUAAUGCAGCUGCGCAUGCAAAGGGCGGUAAUGCAGCAGCGCAUGCAAAGGGCGGUAAUGCAGCAGCGCAUGCAAAGGGCGGUAAUGCAGCAGCGCAUGCAAAGGGCGGUAAUGCAGCAGCGCAUGCAAAGGGCGGUAAUGCAGCAGCGCAUGCAAAGGGCGGUAAUGCAGCAGCGCAUGCAAAGGGCGGUAAUGCAGCAGCGCAUGCAAAGGGCGGUAAGGCAGCAGCGCAUGCAAAGGGCGGUAAUGCAGCUGCGCAUGCAAAGGGCGGUAAUGCAGCUGCGCAUGCAAAGGGCGGUAAUGCAGCAGCGCAUGCAAAGGGCGGUAAUGCAGCAGCGCAUGCAAAGGGCGGUAAUGCAGCAGCGCAUGCAAAGGGCGGUAAUGCAGCAGCGCAUGCAAAGGGCGGUAAUGCAGCAGCGCAUGCAAAGGGCGGUAAUGCAGCAGCGCAUGCAAAGGGCGGUAAUGCAGCAGCGCAUGCAAAGGGCGGUAAUGCAGCAGCGCAUGCAAAGGGCGGUAAUGCAGCAGCGCAUGCAAAGGGCGGUAAUGCAGCAGCGCAUGCAAAGGGCGGUAAUGCAGCAGCGCAUGCAAAGGGCGGUAAUGCAGCAGCGCAUGCAAAGGGCGGUAAUGCAGCAGCGCAUGCAAAGGGCGGUAAUGCAGCAGCGCAUGCAAAGGGCGGUAAUGCAGCAGCGCAUGCAAAGGGCGGUAAUGCAGCAGCGCAUGCAAAGGGCGGUAAUGCAGCAGCGCAUGCAAAGGGCGGUAACAGCUACGUGCACACAGACAACGGCUUCUCGGCGGCCCUCACGGCAGCGCAGGUGCAGCGCAUGAGGCGGCACCCCUCUGUGGCGUCCGUCACACUCUCUCGCACCAUCACACGCCGCCGCGCCGUCACUGCCGCCGCCGACGGGCACAAGUCUCUCAACCUGCCACAUGCCCGCACUGCUGAUGUUGCCGCUCCCGCUGCUGCUGCUGCCACUUCUGCUGCUGCCACUUCUGCUGCUGCCGCUGCUGCUGCUGCCACUCCGGCUGGAGUGUCGAGUGACGGCGAAGGCACGGUGAUUGGAAUUCUGGACAGCGGCGUGUGGCCGGAGCACCCCUCCUUUGACGACACCGGCUACAGCAGCACGCUCCCUGCCGGGUGGACGGGCACGUGUCCCACUACAAGCGACUUCGCUUGUAACAACAAGAUCAUCGGAGGGGGCAUCUUUCGCGCGGGGUUUGAGAGCGAAUAUGGAGGACGGGGCCCACAUGACGACGAGUGGGCCUCCCCGCGCGAUUCUGAUGGCCAUGGCACGUGGUGUGCCGGAGCGGCAGCGGGCAACAGCGGCGUGGAGGUGCCUGGCGGAGGCACCAUCAGUGGCGUGGCUCCCAAGGCACGCCUGGCCAUCUACAAGGUCUACUGGGAUCUAGGCUCUGGCGAGUCGAUUACUACCGACGCAGAUGUCUUUGCAGCCGUUGAUCAGGCCGUGGCGGACGGUGUGGAUGUGCUCACGUUGUCCCUGGACAACACGAACAGAAACUUGGACGAGGAUGAUUGGGACAACGAGAAGUGGACCUACUUUCACGACGUGCCUUUCAUCCGCGCUCUUGCGGCCGGAGUGACUGUGGCCUUAGCAGUGGGCGAUGACGGGAGGCCCUUUUACGAUUACCUGUACCCUUCUUACCCUGCCAUUGACAGCUUUGCACCCUACUAUAUCAGCGUGGGGGCAAGUGCCGUGCUUGCCAACACCCUUCCCUUCCCUGCUUGCCAACACCCUUCCCUUCCCUGCUUGCCAACACCCUUCCCUUCCCUGCUUGCCAACACCCUUCCCUUCCCUGCUUGCCAACACCCUUCCCUUCCCUGCUUGCCAACACCCUUCCCUUCCCUGCUUGCCAACACCCUUCCCUUCCCUGCUUGCCAACACCCUUCCCUUCCCUGCUUGCCAACACCCUUCCAUUCCCUGCUUGCCAACACCCUCCUUGCCCCCACCAUGCAGUACCGUGCCUCAGGCCUCUCUCACUUCAACAGCUGUACCGUCUGCCGUCCGAAGAAGCCCCGCCCCUCCAACAUCAUCCUCAAGCCCGACAUCAUCGCCCCUGGAGUCAAUAUCCUUGCAUCUGCGCCCGGGACAGCCGUCGGUGAGACGGGAUCGUUUUCAGUUUACUACAAUGAAACGUCUGUCGCCGCGGCGCAUGUUGCCGGUGUUGCCGCUCUCAUCAUCCAGCAGCAUCCUGAUUGGACGCCUGCGCAGAUCAUGUCUGCAAUGAUGACGACAGCAAGCAGCACUGACAGCAGCAACAGAGUGAUUCGGAAUGUUUACGGCAAGCCAGCAACGCCAUGGCAGAUGGGAGCGGGGCAUGUGUUUCCCGCUAGGGCGCUUGACCCUGGGCUGACCUACGAUGCUGGGGAGCAAGAUUUUCGCAACUUUCUUGCUGGGCUGAAUGUUAAGAUGGCCCGAGAGACAUUCGGGCAGGUGAGACUGAAACCUGUUGCAGCCAGACACCUAAACCGGCCUUCUAUCUCGCUGGUCAACCUAGUUAAUAAAAUCACCGCCAGGCGGACUGUGACGAGCGUCUCAGACACCACGUCGACCUACAGGGUGAGGAUCAAGGCCCCCAAGGCAGUGAGCAUCAGAGUGGUGCCAUCACAGUUUACCAUAGCGCCGGGGGCAACGGGUCGGUUUCAAAGUGAAGGCUGUGGUGAAGAGGAAAUUCUGGAAUUUCAAGUACGGUAG